GGAAAAAAUUAUUUCUGUUACCCAUAACAUGGACUUCUUCAGAGCCCACAUUUCGCUCUACUCCGCCACAUUAUCGCCCUUUAAGGACAGUCUAAGAAACACGGUCGUAUUUAUGAACAUACUGGACUUGUUUCUCCGCAUGAAGGAUUUCGUGCUGGACGGUGUGCACUCAUCGGUGGUGUGUAAUCCGGAGAUGCUGCUCGGAUCGCUCAUACUUACAAUGUUGAAGCUGCGGCUAGCAAUCCUCAGCGGGGACAAUGUGAUGUUGGGAGUCUACCUCGUUAACACCAUCUUCCACAUGGCUCAUAUUGCUUUUGUCUUCAAAUUUGUGCCCUUAAGACUGAAAAACGCUCUUAGAGGAAAGUGCUUUGUUACUGGAGCAGCAAUCGGGGGGCUUAUGUGGUACUCGUUUCAGGAGGAUUCGAGGAUGCUUGAAGCUCAUAUGGGCUACAUUCUGCUGGCAACCAUCAUUAUAAACCAUGCGAUGCGGACUCUUCAAAAGUGGAACACACAGCCACAGGCUACCCCCAUCUGGACGCUCUCGCUGCUGAUGCCUAUUACCUGGAUAGCCUAUGGUAUCGCAGAAACCAACAUACUUAUUGUAAGCCAAAAUGCACUGAUCCUCGCCAUUAAACUGAUGGAUCGAUACCGGUAUCGUCCCCACUUGUCAUUGCGAUACGCCUUAACCUUUCGCGAUUGGCGGGCUGCUCAUGUUUCUCGAGUAUAUCCUUCUCCCAGUGGCUCUGGUACAGCCCAUUCCCUCCGCCGAUCCUCUAGCUCUCAUAACCAAUCCUACGAUGAUUAACUCACUAAAUGAGCCGUCAAAUUGCUACAUCAGUUUGGGCUAAAUGGCCUUCAUUUAGUGUAAGAUCGGGCCCAAUGAUGACCAUACAGAUCAGAUUCAGAACACGACCAUGCGAUUCGGUAGAUUUCGGCACAGAUUGAGUUCCAAUAGAAGCUGUACUUGGCCCAGCCUGGGCAGGGCUUGGCUGGAGGAACGACGCAAGUCAUAUUUAGGCACUAUUAAGCGGCAGCCAUUGCCAAAUGCCGGCGAAAAGCAAUUAAAAAAUUACGUGUUUAAUCACCCACGCAGCAGAAAUCAUUAUUUCCGUUCCAAUAUAUAUUAUGAUAGGUAUAGGAAAUCAAACCCCAGACAUCGCCCAGUUGCCCGACAGGCUCCAAGCACUACGGUCGGUCAUCGGAAGAGGAACCCGCCCUGAGCAGCGAUAGGACGGACAGGAAAGCCAUCGAUACAAGAACCGAUACCCCAAUCGAUAGCAAGGCGAAUCGAUUUGGCCGAGGCAAUGAGUGGCGAAAGCGAGAAUGGAACACAGCUGAGACGCGAUCUGAACGAACUGUUUGAGUGGUUCCAAGGAAAUGAUAAGCUACCGCAAGAGAUUGAGCCCCUGCUGCUGCGGCGCUUCUACCAGUGCAUGUACGGAGACCUUGAGGAGACCAAGAAGCUCAUCGAGGUGAAUUACUCCCUGCGCAACCGUCAUCCCCAUCUGUUCAUCAAGCGGGAUCCACUGGACGAUGACAGCCAGCGAACCUUCGAUUAUGCAGACAUACUGCCGCUCCCAGGCCUCACGCCGGAUAACUACAAGGUGUCGCUGUACUGCUUUCGGGAGUUUGAGGCCACAAAGAUGCAUCACACGGAAGACACGCGCGCCUUCUUCAUGGUUGCCGACUGUCGCUUCAUCACUCCGGACGAUCCAGCCCGGCCGGGCACCCUAUCCGAAGGCGAGGUACAGAUCUUUGACAUGAAGGGGACCACAAUGCGCCACAUAUCGCGCCUAACCAUCAGCACGCUACGUGCAUACAUCAAGUUCCUUCAGCUGGCAUUUCCCGUGCGUCUCCGGGCUAUUCACAUGGUCAACUGUCCAUCGUAUCUCGACAGAAUCGUGAGCGUAGUGAAGCCUUUCAUCAGCGACGAGGUUUUCAAGCUGAUACGUUUUCAUACAGUCAGCAUGGAAUCGCUCUACGCCUUUGUACCACGCGAAAUGCUUCCGGAGGAGUACGGUGGCUCGGCCGGAUCGCUGGACACGCUGCGAGCGCACACAAAGAAGACCUUGGUCGAGCAUCGCGAUUAUCUAAUGAACCCUAACCACUGGCUGGUGGAGAAGUCUGAGAAGCGUAACGGCGGUCAUUCAUGGAGAAUUUUUAGAUGAGUUCAAAAUUUGAGUCUCAAUUUUUUUUUCUCUUUCAAACAUUUUUGUGUCUAUAUCAACGUUUAUUUCCGUAUUUUGUUUCCUCCAAACGGCUUUAGUUCAGCCACCAGUUUAGGGGAACCAGUGAAAUGGUUCGCGGAAGCAUACGGUGGGACUUUUUUCAAUGUCCGGUCGCGACCACAUCCAAAAUAAAUAGUUGUUCAAGAACGUUUUUUAAGAACGGAAAUUUGAGUUCUUUUAA